AUGCUAAAGUAUCAUAUGAAAGGGUACAGUGGCUACGGUGUAGCUUACUCACCUUUUUAUGACAAUAAAUUGGCGGUGGCCUCAGGUUCCAACUUUGGACUUGUUGGUAACGGGAGACUUACUAUCCUAGACAUAAUGCCUAAUGGUCAACUUAUGGAAUCAAAUUCGUUUUUAACUCAAGAUGGGCUUUUUGAUUUAGCAUGGAAUGAAUCGCAUGAAAACCAGUGUCUUGUUGCCCAAGGAGAUGGCUCCCUCAGAUUAUUCGAUAUUAAAUUGAAGGAUUAUCCGGUAGCGAUCUUUAAAGAACAUAGUAGGGAAGUGUUUAGUUGUAAUUGGAAUAUGAUACAAAAGCAACUGUUUGUGAGUAGCUCAUGGGAUGGAAAAGUUAAAGUAUGGUCUUUGAUGAGGCCACACAGUAUGCUAACAUUGAGUCCGAAUGAUACAAAUGCUGCAGCCACACUUAAUAAAACAUCCACUGUUGCACCUGUACGUGUGCCGAUGUCGAACCAAAAAGACCAUCAGAAUGCUGAUGGAAACAAAGAAUGCAUAUAUCAGGCUACCUUUUCACCUCAUGACCCGAACAUAGUUCUCUGUUGUUCAGGUAACUCUUUCGUUUCAUUGUUCGAUUUAAGAGUACCAAAUAACGGAUUACCUCAGCAUCAAUUUUUGGGUCAUGGUGGAUUCGAAUCAUUGACAUGCGACUUCAACAAAUAUAGGCCGCAUAUAAUUGCCACUGGUGGUGUAGACAAAAUGAUUAAAGUUUGGGAUUUGCGAAUGUGCAGGAAAAUGCUUUCCCAAGGUCAUCAACCAAUCAACAUUAAUGAGAUCCAAGGCCAUGAACUUGCGGUCAGAAAGAUAGCAUGGUCUCCACAUCACAGCAAUAUGCUAUUAUCCACGUCAUACGAUAUGACAUGCAGAAUUUGGACAGAUCUAAGUGACGACGGCCACAGAUUGACUGGUAAAACAAAUAGUAUUGAUCCAGCCCAUGGUUGUAGAUUUAUUUUUAUGGAACAUACAGAAUUUGUUUUCGGCGCAGAUUGGAGUUUAUGGGGUACCCCAGGCUUUGUUGCUUCCACUGGUUGGGAUGGCCAAGUUUGCAUUUGGAAUGGUUUAAGGUAA